CUGCUGCGCUUUAGUAGAGAGGUGGGAGAACGAAGAAGCAGGAGUGCGAGGGAGCGAUCGCCGUCCUGAGAAAUGCGUUAUUUCGUCGGCGCGCGCGGCACGCGUAACUGUGUCAGUAGUUCACUUUGUCUGUGAUGGUCAGGCGUCGAUGUUGAUGCGUACAUCCAUUAGCGGAGCUCUCGGCGGACAGCACACACAGCAAUUCUCUCUCAUGUGGCAUUCAACAUUUCCUCGCUCGCGCUGAUAGACUAGAGAAGCAGCGGACAGUGAUGGAUGCUGUGCCUGGGUAAAGAGGAAAAAGUCUGGAUUUCAGGGCUGGAGAAGCACAGGUUUAAGCUGUCAGGCACCAUCAAGAGGAUAGACACCUGCCUUCGGGAAACACAGAGAGAGGUUUGACUGAAUAAGAGGAGAUAUUCAGCAAAGUACAAUGAAAGUACAUGGGGACUAGAGGCAGUUGUGGUGGUCACCAUUCACUUCCAUUGCCUAGAAACGAGCGCUUUGGACAUUCUGUGAAACACAAGGAAAAAAGUCAUACAGCUUUGGAUUGAGAUGAAAGUGGCCAUGCUGUUCUCUACUUUCGCUUGUGCUGUGGGGUUCUCCCUCCUGUCACUCCUCCUCUUUCAGAGCCCCGCCCAUGCCUGUCCUGCCCGCUGCGAGUGUUCUGUGCCCACCCGUUCCGUCUCAUGCCAUCGCAGACGGCUGGUGCAGGUCCCCGAGGGCAUCCCUAUAGAGACAAGGGCGUUGGACCUCAGUAAAAACCGUCUACGGAUUGUGACGCCCCAAAACUUCUCCUCGCUGCUUCUGCUGGAGGAGCUGGAUCUCAGCAACAACCUGUUGUCCUCCGUGGAGCCUAACAGCUUCCGCGCCCAGCCGCGGCUACGGGUGCUUCGACUGCGCAGCAACCAGCUGACCCUGCUGCCUCGAGGAGCGCUGGCCGGCCUCGGUGAGCUCACCCUGCUGGAUGUCAGUCAGAACCGCCUUGUUAUUCUGCUGGACUACGGCUUCGAGGAGCAGCGGAGACUGCGUGUUCUGGAGCUAAGUGAUAAUGAGCUGGUGUUUAUUGCCCCACGGGCGUUCAGCGGCCUGCCAUCCCUGCGCUCUCUGACGCUGCAGCGCUGCAACUUGAGCACGGUGCCCACGCACGCUCUCGCGCAUCUGCAUGGCCUGACCAGCCUGCGUUUGCGUGACCUGGGCAUCGCCGAGCUUCAGGCACACGCUUUCAAGGGUCUUCCACGACUCAAGCAUCUGGAGGUGGACCGCUGGCCUCUGUUAGAAGGGUUUCCCACAUCAGCUUUGCAGGGGCUGAACCUCAGCUCGCUGUAUAUUACACACACCAACUUGACGUCCGUGCCGGUCGUGACGCACUUGUUUUAUCUGACGCACCUCAAUCUGUCGUACAGUCGUAUACGGGUCCUGCCAGCGGGAUGGUUGCGGGGAAUGGACAGGUUGGAGGUCGUACGUGUGCGACAGGCCAACCUGCUCAUCGUGGAGCCUCAGGCCUUCCAAGGAGCCUCCUUGCUACGACUUCUCGACCUUUCGUACAACCGUCUCUCCACGCUCGAAAGAGCCGUUUUUCCCGCUUCCGAGUCGUUGCAGAGUCUCCUGAUUGGUCAGAAUCCUUUAGUGUGCGACUGUCGCCUGCGUUGGCUGCUAGAUAGGAAUCCACCUUUGCUCUAUGGGGAGGUUCAACCUGAAUGUAGUUCGCCUGCCCCCCUGGCUGGGAAACUCCUAAGGGACCUGGCGGAAAAUCUAAUCUCUCGCUAUGUUAUCUGCACCAAGCCCAGGGUCGUCUCCAUGGCAACAUAUCCGGCACAGGCGGAAGAAGGACAGAGAGCUUGGCUGUACUGCAGUGCGGAGGGUGCACCGCCUCCCUCGGUCUCAUGGCUAACACCGCACAGACGCCACAUUACCACAAAGAGUACCGGCAGAGUUGUCGUCCAUGGCAACGGCUCACUUGAGUUUCGCAUGGCAGAGCCUCAGGAUAGCGGCAUGUAUGUGUGCGUGGCAUCCAACCCGGCCGGAAACACUACUCUGUCUGUAACUCUCGCUGUGAAAACUUCUGGAAUCAGAGACAGAGCGCUUUAUGCCAACCGCAGCUUCAUUUUUGACCCCGACUACAACAGUUCUCUGGUUAACAGCACUGAAGAGUUCACCAUCAGGAUGGUGUUGGACUUCACCACCAUCUUGGUCUCCACGGCAAUGGGCUGCCUCAGCUUCCUGGGUGUUGUUUUGUUCUGUUUCCUGUUGUUGUUCGCAUGGAGCCGGGGCAAAGGGAAACACAGAGGAAGCGUGGAUAUUCAGUAUGUUCCACGGAAGAGGAAAGGAGCGAAUUCGGAACUUACAGAAACAAGCGGGCCCAGACGAGUCAACAUGAAGAUGAUCUAAACUGUUUACAUGUCCGAGGACUUCGCUGGAUUGCAUGGUCACGUGUGUGUGUUUGUUGAACUUGUGAAUCUUCGGUCUUCUGUACUGCAAAAGAAGGAUGUAUUAUCAUGACAGUUUACACAUGGUAUUCCAAUGAAAACAUUUAUCCACAUAAAAAAGGAAAGUUGAUGAACAAACCAAACCGUGUUAUACGUGUCUUCUGCGAUGCUUUGUCCGUGGAAAGCAUUAUUUGGACAGUGCAGACAUGUGUAUGUUCAAGUUGUUGUAUAUAUUUCAUAUUUGUGGGAAAGAAUGGUAUAUUUAUACACAUAUAUACAUAUAUCUCUAUUUACAGAUACAUUACAGUUAACUUUCAAAACUCUGCAAAAACUCAAGUUGUCUUCCCCGAUAAGCAAAGUAUCUACUGGAAAAGCCUCGGCAGUGCUGUGUUGUGAAGUGUUUGGUUUUGCUCGGAAUUGCUGUUCUCUUGGGAUGUCCUAUUGUUAGCAGAACCUCUGUGGGGAACUGGGGAGAUUCUGCCAUUUUGUUGUAAAGAUGUUAAAAUGCAAGAAGCUCUUUGACAUGGUGGGUUCCAGGGGCUGUAUUUGUGACUCAGUGGAAGUCUGUGGAACUGUGUGAAAAUGUUCUUUUCUGUUUCUUUUUUAUGUUCUGUCAAAUGCUGCUCAAAUGUUUUUACAUACUAAAUAUCUGUUUAUAUUUUCCAAAGAAAAUAAAUAUAAAUCAUAC